GUAAGGUGAACAUCCGUACAGCAUGAAGUGAUCAUUACUCUCCCCGAGCGUUGUGGUUGCGUUAUUUACACCAUGACUUGAGAAUGCGAAGCAAUAAAUGUGUUGGAACUAAUGCCGGACAAUGCUCUCGCACUAAAAGUAUUCACUUAAGGGAAAGUGAAAGGUUUAUAACUCUGACAUCAAGAGGCGGUUCAUCACUCUGACAUAACUUCUUUUUUUUAACAGGGCACAACUAAGGGAAGAUUAUGGCUCCUUCUCCUCUGCACGUGUUUAAAAAGGAGACAGGAUUUUCUCAGGAAAGUCAGCCUCAAAUCCUGGUCUGUGGUUUGUUGGUGGCUGGGGGAGCCUUCCUGCUACUGGUGCUGCUCACAUUUCUCUGUAAUAACUGUCAAAGAAACAACAAAGAAAAGAAAGUCAAGAUUGACGGUGUGAAGUUAGUUGGUAUGUCCGUAGGGCGCAUACAACAGCUUCGACCUGUUAAUACACCUGAACUGGGAGCACGCAAUCUUAACAGAGUGUCUUACCAUGGUGAAAAUGGCCUCAGAAGCUGGUCAGCUAGUAUGGAUUAUCUACAUCUACCAGGAACAGAACAUUUAGAGGACGAAGCAGGUGAGGAGGGAAAUUCAAGAAUUCAACAGACCAGAGAGUUACCCAGACUUCCUGGAAAUAAUUACAAAGGAGGAAACCUGCCUGCUUUGAGAACAACAGCUGAUAUGGAUUGUAUCUAUGCCAAUGCAGAAAAAUAUCCUUGUCAAGAGAACUCUAUUGAAGACACAUUGUAUGAAAGUGUUGGAACAAAGCACGAAGUAGAUUAUAAUAAUCAUCAACAUGUUAGGCAAUCAAAACCUGAAUAUAGAGCUAAUGAAAUGGAAGCAUCUUUCAUGCCUCAAAGACAACUUGCACAAGGUUUGCAGGAGCCAGCGGAAAACAUGGACGCACCAGAAUAUGCCUCAAUUCGGAAAAUGAAGAAGAAAGAAAAGACAUUCAAUCUGGAGGGUGUACAGGAACAACAACCAAGAACAAAUGUAACAAAUGGUUGUGUGUUGUUACCAGGACCUAGAAACUAUGGGAAACAAUUAAGAAUUGAAGAAAAACCUACCUUUUUACAGAAUAAGAAUCACAGUUCUGCGAUACAAGGCAGCCUGAAAUCUAUCACAGAAUGUGAAGCAACAAAAUCCCGAAAAGAAUGUAGGGAGGAGAGAAUUCCAUGCGCCAAUCUAACUGAAGGAUGGCCAAAUGCUGAUAAUGCCUGGUUUAAGGGAAAAGGUUACAGUUUCAACAAAUCGCAUGAACAACUCCAUUCACUCACAGAUGAAGAGAUUGCAGCAAUGUAUUCCAAGGUGGUUAAAAAAAGUCCCAGAAAGGAAAUACCAUUAUCACUGAAUCCAGGACUCCAAAAAGAAGGCAAGUUGAAUCAUCACUUCUGGUCAACUGGGAAUUUAAAUGAAGAAGAAUCAGAAUAUGAGUCCAUCAAGAGCCCACGGUGGCACUCAGGCACUCAGAUAACAGGGGAUGAACCUGAUUAUGCCUCAGUCAAUGAGAGGACCUGGGGAAUGAAAUUCAGAAAUGAAGGAGGAGGAAGAGGAAGAGAAGAAGAAGAGGAGGAGGAGGAAGAAGAAGAACCUGACCCAGGCUACGAAGCAAUUAACAUAAAAUGGAAGAAAAUUAAUGUUGCUAUUAAGAGUGGCAAAAUACAGAAGAUUGCACGUGAGGCACAAACAGAAAACUAUUAUGAAAGCAUCAAUGAACUGCAGCAGAGCCGUACCCAUACACGAGUACUAACUUCGGGUGAUGGCAAAGAGGUCUAUGUAACAGGACUGUAGAUGUGCAUUUCAAAGGAUGGAGUAAAACUCCACUUGCAGUUGUCAUUUAACUGACAAGUUCCUUUUCU